AUGUGCAUUGGUGGCAUCAUCACCUUCUGGGGGGCCACCAGCCUCAAAGCUGUGCUGCUCCAUAAUGGUAACAAGUACCCGUCUCUUCCCCUGGCUCACACUGUGCACCUCAAAGAGCAAUUCAACAGCAUCAAGACUUUGCUGGAUGCCUUGAAGUAUGAUGAGUACAGCUGGGAGGUCAUAGGCUUAAAAAUGGUGAAUCCUGAUGGGUCUCUAAGGCGGACCGAUGCACACUACCACAGGUGGGACUGGCCACAGCGGACUGAGUUGUGUGUGGGGAGGAACAGCAUCAUGUGGGAGCCACUGGUGGACCCCCGGAAGGACAUCUGUGUCCGCGCUGGCUUCUGUACUGAGAUGAAGAAGUCUGUUCCCAUGCUGAACCUGCAGGCUUUUAAGAGUCCCAUGGUGCGUGUCCGUGAUUCCCCAACGUGUACCAUCUGUGAGUUUGUGAUGAAACAGUUGGAGUCUAUGUUGGAGUCUAUGUUGGAGGAUCACACAACAGAGGAGGAGGUGAUCCAAGCUGUGGAGAAGGUGUGCACACUUCUGCCCUCCACUCUGAGUGGCCAGUGUAAGGACCUGAUUGAGACCUACGGCGAGGCCAUCAUUCAGCUGCUGGUGCAACAGGCAGACCCCAAGACUGUCUGCACAGUGUUGGCCCUCUGCAAUGGUGCCAGCCGUGCAUAUGUCCCUGCACUCGACCAGACUCAAUUUAAGGCUGGUAGCUACUGCAAGGUCUGCAAGAUGGUUGUUGGAUACAUCGAUGGCAUUCUGGAGAAGAAUGCUACAGAGGUGCAGAUUGAGGAGGCUGUGAGGAAAGUGUGCAGCUUCCUGCCUGACUCUUACCAGACCGAGUGUGACCAGCUGAUUGAACAGUACGAGCCAGUGCUUGUCCAGCUGCUGCUCCAGAUGCUCGACCCAGACUUUGUGUGCAUGAAAAUGGGUGCCUGCCCUGAAGCUCUGCGCAGGCUGCUGGGAACAGAGCAGUGCAGCUGGGGACCUGCAUUCUGGUGCAAGAACAUGGAGACAGCAACUCGGUGCAAUGUGAGUGGUUAAUUUUUCAACCCAAACGUGUCCCCAAUGUAAUUC